GACAACUCAUGACCAUGACGUGCUUGCCACCAUUCCUCAAGUCCAUUCGACCUGGCUUAAUUCUGUGCUCAUGAAGAAGCAUGGAGUUCCUGAAAAUUUAGCACCUCAUGUGCCAUGGGUUCUUUCAAAGAAGACUCUCCUUUCCAGGCCUCCCAUGCGUCCUUCAAGAGAGGAGCUCGUGUAGCAGACCAUGAAGAGGAGGAGAAGAUCCCCGUGGACGAUCGGGUCAGCGCGGGCAGAGCCGGCGCGUUCGGCCCGCGAUCCCGGGUGGGCUCGUCGGUCACCGACAUCUCGAGCAGCAACUCGUCCAUGAACUACGGCAAAUCGCCGCGGCAGGACAGGAUCGGCAGCGACAGCUUCUGGUGCGGCGCCUUCUGCAUGCACCUGCCCGGCCUGUCGUCGAGGCGGCGGCCGAUCAUGCAGCAGCAGCAGCAGCAGUCCAUGAGCCUGAGCGAGCCGGACGCCCCGGCGAGCAUGGCCGGGCCAGCGGCCGAGGCCGCCCGGAACAGCGCGGUGUCCAAGGCGGCCUCCAUGGAGAGAUUCGGGAACAACUCGUCACCCACAGCUUCCGGCGUGGUGUUCGACGGCCGCGUCGACGAAGAGGAGGUGGACGAUCAGGAAAUGUCGGCCUACUUCGACCUCCCGCUGGAACUGCUCCGGAGCAGCAGCGUCGACAUGGAGUCGCCGGUCACGGCGGCGUUCCUCUUCGACAGCAGCCGGGGCCCGGGCAGGAAGAAGAGCAUGCUGCCGGACCACCUCGACUUCAGUUUCCCGGCGCCGCCUGCUUUCUCCAGUCCACCGUCGCCACCGUCCUGAUCGAGGGGAGCCUGCGCGGGACAGACAACUCCUUUUUAAUUGAACCGAAGUACUCUCGAGUUACUGCAUUUCAGGCACCCUGAUCGUAUCGAUGUAUUCCGUGUUUUUUUGAUUCUUCUACUUCUGUACCUUGUACUAUUUGCAAUUCAUAACCUGUACACCUUUGCGAUUGAGACGGCCUGGCUAACAUUGUGGUAAAAUUGUUACCACAAUGUACACAUGCGUAAUCUUUUAU